GGAGCGGCGGUAAGAUGGCGGCGGCCGCCGCUGGGCUGAACUGGAGGCGGGUGUCUUCCUUCACGGGGCCGGUGCCGCGCUCCCGCCACGGGCACCGCGCGGUCGCCAUCCGCGAGCUGGUCAUUAUCUUCGGGGGCGGCAACGAGGGCAUCGCCGACGAGCUGCACGUCUACAACACCGUUACAAAUCAAUGGUUCCUUCCUGCUGUAAGGGGAGAUAUUCCUCCAGGCUGUGCAGCACAUGGAUUUGUUUGUGAUGGUACCAGAAUACUGGUUUUCGGAGGAAUGGUGGAAUAUGGAAGAUACAGUAAUGAUCUAUAUGAAUUGCAGGCAAGUAGAUGGCUCUGGAAAAAAGUAAAACCUCAAGCUCCUUCCACUGGAUCACCACCAUGUCCUCGGCUUGGCCACAGCUUUUCUUUAUAUGGUAACAAGUGCUAUUUAUUUGGUGGCCUGGCAAAUGAAAGCGAGGAUUCAAAUAAUAAUGUUCCCAGAUAUUUAAAUGAUUUCUAUGAACUGGAGCUGCAACAUGGUUCUGGUGUUGUCGGAUGGAGUAUUCCUGUGACCAAAGGAGUCUUGCCAUCUCCUCGAGAAUCUCACACAGCCAUCGUGUACUGCAGAAAAGAUACAGGAAGUCCAAAGAUGUUUAUUUUUGGAGGGAUGUGUGGCUGUCGGCUUAAUGAUCUCUGGGAACUUGACAUACGUGAGUUGAUUUGCCAGCAAACCAUGACCUGGUCAAGACCAGAAACUAAAGGGACAAUACCACUUCCUCGCAGUCUCCAUACAGCCAAUGUAAUAGGAAACAAAAUGUAUAUUUUUGGUGGAUGGGUUCCACAGUCGACAGGAGGUGAAAUUUCUGCUCAUGAUGGUGAAUGGAAAUGCACUGGUUCAUUCUGUUACCUUAAUUUGGAUACCACAGAAUGGAUAGGGCUGAUCUCAGAUUGCCAGGAGGACAAGAGUAACUCAUUACCAGGUCCACGAGCAGGACACUGUGCUGUAGCAGUUGGCACUCGUCUAUAUAUCUGGAGUGGUCGAGAUGGUUACAGAAAAGCUUGGAACAAUCAAGUUUGCUGCAAAGAUCUUUGGUACCUUGAUACUGAGAAACCUCCAGCACCAUCGCAGGUACAGCUGAUUAGAGCUACAACCAACUCUUUUCAAGUGAAAUGGGAUGAAGUACCUACAGUUGAAGGAUAUCUUCUUCAGUUGCAUGCUGACUCGCCAGUACCAUCAGCGGCUGGAAUACACGCUGCUGGGGUUCCUGAGACCUCAGUGCUGAGUUCACAAGGUGGCUCUUCUCUACAUCAAAGUCCACAGUCAUUGCCUAAUGUCCUUUAUCCAGAAGUGAAGGUGGAUCAUCCCAGCCUGACAAAUAAUGUCAUUCCUAAUAAUGUCCAAGUUUCCCUUUCAUCCAAUUCAUUAAAAGCAGAAGAAAAGGUUGCAGCACCUGAAAACAAGAUCACACAGGAGAUGAUGAAAAAACAUGCAGAUGCUACAGGAUUUAAAGAAUCAAAUGCCCCAUCUCUUUUGCCUGUUUGUACUUCAAGUCCUCAGACUUCAGCAAAUGUAGGUGAAUUACAUGACUUCGACAAACGAACUGUAAAUCCUGAUGCUUCUGUAUCCAGUACUGUCUCCAGCACACAAUCUAUGGUAACCCAGCAGGCUGUUAAAACUGAAUCAUCAAGUACAAAUGGGGCAGUUGUUAAAGAUGAAACUUCACUAACAACAUUCAAUUCAAAAUCUGAAGUUGCUGAAACUGCUUGUACCAUGCCUUCAACAAGGGUUAAUACUGGACAGACAAAUGAUUCACACUCCUCUAAACCUCCACAAAGACAGAUGGCUCCAGUGAAAACAAGAGACCGGCAGUGGUAUGAUGUUGGAAUUUUUAAGAACAACAGUGCUGUGGUGAGCCAGUUCUACUUGCUCCCAGAGGAAACAAUGAGUGUCUCUAACAAGAUGGAAAGUGCCAAUGUCCCAGACUACAGGUUACUUAAGAAACAGGAUCUUUUUCCAGGCACAGUGUACAGGUUCAGAGUUGCUGCAAUUAAUGGCUGUGGUGUUGGGCCUUUCAGUAAAAUCAGCGAAUUCAAAACAUGCAUUCCAGGUUUUCCUGGAGCACCUUCAACAGUCAAAAUCACUAAGAGUGUAGACUGUAUUCAUCUAUCUUGGGAGCCUCCUGCAUCACCCUCUGGAAAUAUUUUAGAAUAUUCUGCCUACUUGGCUAUCCGAUCCACACAAUUACAGGAAAAUCCAAGUCAGCUUGUGUUUAUGAGGAUAUACUGUGGUCUUAAAACAUCAUGUGUAGUGACUGCUGCCCAGCUUUCCAAUGCUCAUGUUGAUUACACUUCCCGACCUGCUAUAGUGUUUAGAAUUUCUGCAAAGAAUGAGAGAGGAUAUGGACCAGCCACACAAGUUCGAUGGCUUCAAGAUCUGAAAACAUCAAGCUCAAAGUAGGAACAACGUAAUAAAUCUCAACUUUGGAAUGUAGUGUUUAAUGUAACUCUUGUACUAUUUGUAAAUGCUACAAAUAUUUUAUUUUUGCAUUGUUUUUACCUUAAAAAGAUAUAACCUUUUUUUACGUUUGAAACAUCAGCGUUAGGCAGCCUUGCUCAGAUUAUGAGCACUGUAUGGAAGCUAUAUUGAAGGUGGUGGGGUGGAGGACCAUACUCUUCUCCAGUAGCUCUUUUUGGUAGGGACUGUUAAAAUGCAAAGUUUCAGAUUUAUAAUUAAUAAAUAACAGACUGACAAAUGCAGUAGUAUUGGAGGUGGAGUUCCCCCUGAUUGCUGCAGAUCUUGCAGAGAUAAUUUCUCAGAUUUGGUGUAUGAGCAAAUCCUAUUUGGUUUCGGUUCUUUAUACCACACGUUGUUCAGUGUGGUGUCUGAGUGCAAGGCAGAAAUUUCCAGUUAUUACAUAGUAACUUAAAAAUGUAUAAAUAUUUUAAUAUAUACCUUUUUUGUAAAGAAAUGAUUUUUCUACUAUUUGUAACAAAUACCAUAACCUUGAAAGAUAUCCCCUGAAGAUUUAAAAGGAAAAAGAUAAAUGUAGUAAUUUCUCUUCCUACAAAAAAAAGGACGAACAUAAAUUCAUUGUAAAUGCACUACUAAUGUUUAGAAUUUUCCUUUUGUAGUUGUACAAAUCUUAAACUUGUAAAUACCAAUGUUUACAAGAGACCUUUUCUGGUCUUGUAUAAACUUCCAUGAGAUUCAUUAUCUUUUUUUUCUUUUUUCCUUUUUUUUUUUUUUUUAAUCCAUAUGCUUUGCUUUUAGCAUAUGCUUUGCUUUUUGCACUAAUAAUAACUUACCUCAUUCCUGUGUUUUGUAAUCACUUCUGUUGCUUCCAUAAUGUAUCUGUAAAACUUCAAUCUGAAAACCUUAACCAAAGUCUAGAAUACAUGGUAAGCAAUUUUGCACAUAUUAUAUUGCAACUUUCAACAUAUUUAUUCCAGUUAAUCUUCUAGAGUGCUUGUUUGCUUUACCAGUAUAUUCUACUAAUCAAGUUCAGUAUCUCCCUUUUUACUAUGCAUCACUUUUCACAUUUAUUAGCUAGCUGAUAAAUUCAACAAGCAUUACUUCUAGGAAUAGGUUGAUCCAUUCCUAUGCUAAAAGAAAAAUAAAUGUUCACAGUAGUUGAAAUAAAGGUAAACAUUUUAAAAUGCUAUUUAUGUAUCUCUAUAUAAACAAACCUGUGUUUACCAAAGUGUAGAGGAAAAUGUCUGAGUUGGACAAAGUCACUAGGUGGAUAGAUUGAGGCACCUAAAUAAGAUUUAUUUUAACAUAAAAAUCUAAAUUAUUUACUGUGCAAUGAAGUUUAUACUUUGCACUUUAAUUUUGCCCCAAAUGCCAAAAGAUUGUAAGUCAAGGUAGAGUUUCUUGCCUCUGCUGGUUAAAAUUUGUCUUAAGAGCAUUUGUAAAUAUAUAAACUGAAAUAAAUAAUGUGCCUGGUGUGGUGGGAGAAGUAUCACUAAGAUAUUAGAGAUUUAACAGCUCAAGUAUCCCAGAGGAGAUUUAAUAGCCAAGUUUUUAACUACCCUGAAAAUCAGGGUUGUAAUCAAAGUGCUGAUGCAGCCUUAAUUAACACAACCCAUCACAUGCUAUAAUAGCACGGAAAAAGUGCUGGGGACCAUAAAUCGCCAUGGUAGUAUUUAUUGUGGCACUGGAGUUACACACAUGGUUUUACUCCAGUGGGCAGGAAAAUCCUGUGUUCAUGACAGUGCAGAUAUUCCCAGAUUCACUUUAAACAGUGUUCAUAGUACGAAUGUAUAGGACUUUAUCCUGGAGUUAACUGGCUUUAAACUAUUUGUGUUUUAAUGGUCCAUUUCAUUGGGUAUGAUCUCACUACAAAUACUGUCUGAUAACUAAAAUACCAUACACAUGAACUGUUAACUAGAAGAAUAGGAUUUGGUUUUUCUUCUUAUUAGUACUGUGAAAGAAGCCUUUAGAGAAAACACUUGUGGCUUUGAUUUUGUUGGUUGAUAGGUGUGAUUGUAGAGUUGUUAUUUCAGAAUAAAAAUCUGUCGGGUAGGUCUGGGUGGAGUUCUUUUGCACUUAAAUUUUCACACGCUUUGCACAAUUUCUUUUUCAGUGGGUAUGUCACAACUACCAAAGGGUAAAACUGUGGCGUUUUCAAUGAAAGUAUUAAUAUCCUUGUACAUGUGCUUUCUUUGGCUGACUUGACAUGUCACUUUCUCUUCUUUGUCCAAGUAGGGUGACGCUGAAUAGUGAUCCAUAUGCAAAUCUUCAGUUCCUCACAGUUUUACUUUAAAAUGAGCUUGUGGUACACGCUGUAAAAUACACUUUGUAGUCUGUUUUUAGAACUGUAUUUAUAAUGUCUAAAUCCCACCUAUUUUCCUAUCAACCAGAUACCAGACAAAUACUGAUUGCUGUUUCACAUUUGUUUGGAAGACUGUUGCCAUCAGCUCUUUGAGAAUCUGUGUUAGCCAUUUAUUUCACGUGUCGCGCUAAAGGACAUAAGCUGAAAUCUAUCAGGUGGCAGUAUCCAUAUUGUAGAAAUGUCUGAGUUUACUAAAACUCCUUGGGGAAGUUGUGACUGUGUAAGGAGAGGACAGUUGUGCUGGUUACAGCAGCAGACACUGCUACAGCUUCACCUGAAGAAUGUUCUUGUGCAAGUGGAGAAGUGAACAAUAACCUACACUUUGUGUUUUCCAAGUAAUGAUAGCAAUAUCUUUUUGAAUGUAGUUUGGAGUAGAGCACAUGAUCAUGCCAUACACUGAAGAUAGAAGUAUUACUGUUGUUAUCUGAUAUUUCAGGAUAGCGAAUUUGACGUGAACUUAGUCUUACAGCCUGUUACUUAAUGACCUCUACAAGGGAACUGACAUUUUGUACAUUCAAGUUGAUUGGUCUUAUUUUAAAGCAUUGUUUGUUCUUUGUAAUAAAGUGAUUGUCCUAUCAAAUGCA